CUUCGCUUCUGUACGCGUUGGUUAGCUCCGUGAAUCGUCAUGUCUGUUGUCGUUGCAUAUGGUCGUGUGAGAGGUUAAUCCACGGAAAAGACUUGUGAUAAACGAUAGACGAAACGAUGCUUUUGCUAGAUUUAAGCAAUCGCAAAGGCUAGCGACAAUUUAUUAGUUAAUGUGAAACUAUGUGAGCAAAAUAAAAAACGGGACAUAGAACACUAGUAGAAAAUGAUCAAUUAGCUAAAUAAUCACAAUUUCUGAGCAUUGCUAAUGAUGCACUUGUCGUUACCGAGAAGAGAUUAAAUCCUGACGUGUAUAGGUAAAUAUGGCGCAAAUACAAACGUCAACGGUGGACGGACUGCCGAAGCACUUCGUCAGCGCGAUGCGCACAUUAUUUGACAUCAUGGACGAUCAGAACACCGGUUUCGUCAAGUUCGUUGACAUCGAGGGUCGAUGGCAGGACGAUGGCACCCAGGGCUUGCCCAAGGGUGUGCUUGAUAGCUUGAAGAAGGUCACGCCGCCGAACGGCAUGCUAUCAUUUGAGAGAUUCUGCGCGGGUCUGAAGAUCUGUUUGCUGCAGAUACAAGCAGAGACUAAUUCUAAAAAGCAUGACAGUCAGCCUAACAGACCACCGUCCGCGCCGAUACUCAUACCUGAUAAUCAGAACAAAGCGGCCUGGACCUCUCCCAACACUGCUGCCAUACGACCCAACAAUGCCAUAUCUCAGCAACGUACUCUUAGUAUGCCUCAGUUACUGGCCAAUCGCAAAGACAUGAAUGCGCAAUUAGAAUUGAUGGACGGAAGGAACAUUGGGGAACCAAAGGUCAAUAAAGUAUACGGUCCACCAAAACCACCAAGAACUGGUGCCGCUCUGGAAAAUAGAAUGAUAAGUCAAGAGCGUAAUUUUGACAAGUCUGAAAUCAGGACUGCUUUACAAAACUGGCAAAUGGGUCUCAUGAUGAACGAUGAGAAAGAGAAACGUCAGCUGCAAGCUGUAAAUUAUAGAUCGGAUACUAGGACACUGCUUAGACCAGCCAGAGCUUUAGGCGAUGGUAAAGCAGUUGAUAUACAAAGUAAUCAAUUAGGUCUUCAACCCAAGAAACCAUCAAAUCGUCGCAGAGAGCCAAGGCGACAUACGUUGCAGAAUGGUAUUGAUUACAAUAUGAUGAAAAGAAUGAAGCAGAUUGAACAAGAAAAGGAUGUAUUACUUCAAGGUCUAGCUGCUGUUGAUAAAGCUAGGGAAUGGUACUUGAAGCAAAUUUCCGCUACACAAGAAAAGAUCAAACAUCUUGGACGAAUGGGUUCUCAUGUGGAGCAAUGGACAGAAGCACAACAAGAACGCUUAGAACUGCAACGUGCGCGAGUCUUGGAAGUGAAUCGACAUCUAGCUGCCUUGAUAAGUAGCUGGGAACGCGGUGGACUUCCACUUCAUAUGAAUCUCGCUUUCUUGAGCACGCCGACUUCGGCUCAACUUCAACAGGAUCUGUUGUCAAGGCUUAAACAGCAAAACCAUAGAUUAACUGAGGAAGUUAGCAAAAAGAGUCAACGAAUAGCACUACUUGAGCAAGAAAAGGACAGCCUGGUUAGAGAAUUGUACAGUAGACAAUCUGGAUUGGUUCAGUCUCGAAGAGCAACGAUGAUCCACGAACAACAUGAUCAAACAUUCAUAAUAUAAAUAUCCCAGACUUUGGAAAAACGCGCCAUACAAAUGAUAGCAUCUGAGUUAAGCCGUAAAUGGGAUAAAAGUAAAAAAAAAUUAAGAAGCUAAUACGAUCCACUUAGAUGUUUUUAAAUGCUCCAGAAACUUUUGUUUUCUAAGCUUCCACAAAGUAGUUCAUUAGCACUGUCAAUUUUGUCAAUGCUAUGCGAAUGUUUUCAUGAUAUAAUUUUGAAAUAAGUGGAUAAAAUUGCGCUCUGAAUCUUUAUAACGCCAUGUGAAACAUAUUAGAAAUAUGAAGUAUUUAAUAUAUCGCAUUAAAAUAACGCCAAUGCUUUAUUUUAUAUUUCAUAUUAAAGCGGUAAAAUAUUUA